AAGUAGCUGGCAACGCAAGUAAUACGGGCGCUGCAGCUUUAAGCAGCUGCGCGCGCUCCCGCGGACGGCAAUCAGUUUCUGGCAGACAAUCACUUUUUGGCACAACACCGGCAUCAUGGCGGAUCAAAACAACACAGACGGUAAAGGGAAGUUCUACAGUGAAAUUUUAAGCCCGUCGGAGCUGUUCGCAGCCCGCUCCCGCAGUCACAAAAUCCCCGUCAGAGGACAGAAGGACUUCUUCCCCGAUGACUCCGACGAGCAGAAGCAGCGACUCGAGCAGAGCCUGAAUGAACACUGGAGCCUCCUCUCAGAGGAGAGAGUGGAGAGGCUGGGAAACCUCGUGAACGGCCAAUGGAUUCCCAGCAAGCAGAUUGUGGAGCUUCGAUCUCCGGCUGGGAAGUUCUGGCAGACGAUGGGCUUUUCUGCAAACGGGAAGCAGUGCCUGCUCCCCGAGGAGGCUCUGUACCUGAUGGAGUGUGGAAACCUGCAGGUGUUUCAUCAGGACCUGCCACUCUCCAUCCAGGACGGGUACGAGAAGUUUCUGUCUGCAAACACCGUGAGCCUUCAGCAAUAUCAGGUGUUUGGGCAUUUGAAGAGGCUCGGCUAUGUGGUGCUCAGGUUUGAUCCCAGUUCUGAGUCAUUGUCCUACGCGAGGCAGCUCAACCUGCCGCAGUCACGUGACCGAGCAGGGAGACAGCUGAAGAGGAAACGCAGCCUCAGCCCCGCCCCUUCCUCCACCCCCACUGCGACGUGCAGCCGUGCUGAAGCUCAGGAGGAAUGCUCCACUGAGAAGAUGGAGGAGGAUAAAUGCAGUGAAGGCGAGGAAGAUAAAAAACUUCCAGAGCCUCCGGAGGCCCAGAGUUCAGCAGACGAGGGCGGAGGCAGGAGCUGGUGGAUGAUGGAUGUUCUCGGGGACUCGGACAAAGAUUCCGGUCACGGCUCCAAAUCUGGCUCCUCGUGCUGGGACUUCAGCUCCAUCUCUUUCCCUGACCUGGGCUCCACCUCCAGGGAGCACUUCCCCAGUGACCUGGCCCCUCCAGACCCCUCUCUGCUGCCCGGGGAUUUGAAGGUGGGCUUCUGUGACAUUGCCCCCUGGAGGCAGAAAAUAAACCUGCGGCAGGUGAAGAUGUCAGCCAAUGAGCAGAAGAGGGAGAAAUACAGGCGGCGGUGGGAUGUCAACAAAAACAGAGAGGUACGGCGGUGCAGAAACUGGGCGGAGUAUCAGGAGCUGAUGGCGAGGCGGAAGGGUAAGCGGGAAGGUCGACCAGCGCACCUGUGGAACAGGGAAGUUACUCCGUUACAUGACCCGACACAGCCAAUCGCCACAGGAGAACUGCUGGAAAAAAUCGGCGUGAUUAAACCGACUCAUUUGCUGGAGGGAGCGUCCAGGUUAAAAGAUGCGGGCGAUUGGAGGAUUUGUUUCAAUGUUUACCAGCCCAACACGGUGGCCGACUUCAAGAAGAGCAACCCGGGGAAACCGUACUCACGCAUGUGUGUGUGCAGUUUCGAUGACCCCGUGCCCGACCUGCGAGCCAUCAAGCUGCUGGCCUAUCAGAGCGGAGAUAUCCCAGUGGUCAUAGCUGUGGUGGACUAUGGAGACAUAUCGUUCUACACCUUCAAAGACUUCCAGCUCCCGACUGAUGUUUACCCCUAAGAACCGCCCACCCACCCGGGACUUUUUAAUAAACCUCUGUUUGCUGGACUGGCUGCAUUUUCUGUGAUUUAUGGUGGAAAGAUGGUUUUAGUAAACAAACAAACAAGAA